GAAGGUGAUGACUCCCACAUCCACUUUGAGCCCGUGGUGAAGCUUCCAGAGAAGAUUGAGGUAAAGACAGGAGAAGAAGACGAGGACAUUCUGUUUGAAGCCCGUGGAAAGUUGUAUCGUUUUGUGUCCUCUGAGUGGAAGGAAAAGGGAGUUGGAGUUCUCAAGAUCCUUCAGCAUAAAGAAUCCAAGAAGACGAGGCUGCUGAUGAGGCGGGAUCAGGUUUUGAAAAUCUGCUGUAACCACAUCAUUGAACCAUCUCUGAGCCUCCAACCCAUGGCAAAGAGUGAAGGAAAAGCCUGGGUGUGGUAUGCCCUGGAUUUCUCUGAGGAUGAAGGCAAGAUGGAACAGCUGGCUGUCAGGUACUCAUCAUCAUCAUGUAGCUUUGCAGACUGGGUACUCUCAUCACUGUCCAUUGUAGCAGCCUCAUGCUCUUCUGUGCCCAGGGUGCCCACUUUCACAGUUUGCUUCUGCCUUGUUUCAGCAACAGUGCCUUCAUUUACUGUUUCUGACUUCACUACUGAUGACGAUGUCAUAUUUGUUGGUGAGGACAAGCCCACAGAGGAGCAAGUGGCUGCAGCUCGCAAAUACCUGCUGCCGGACUGCUUUUACCUUUAUGAGAAGAAACCUCCCUGUCCAGGAUGUAUUGGUUGUGAAGAUGGAGAGCUGAAAAAGACAAAGAGGUUAAAGGUAAGGUUUGUGUUCGGAUCGGGGACAAGUGUAGAUUUUUCCAGCCUGGCCUCAAGUGGCAAGUCUGACAGCUUUUCCUGGAAAACAACUACACCCUCAGGUCCUUUCAAAUUUGCCGGUGCAGGACAGAAGUUGUUUGGGGGAGGUGCGGCUGCCCCCGCUGGUAGAGGAGAUGAUGAAGCUGAUGGCGAUGACGCCGGGGUAGUGCCCAGCGAUGACAUCCACUUUGAACCUGUCAUACCUCUGCCAGAGUUGGUGAAAGUAAAAACAGGUGAAGAAGACUGGACCCCACUGUUUUGUCACAGAGCCAAGUUGUACAAGUUCGACAAGGACCUGUCGCAGUGGAAGGAGAGGGGUGUGGGUGACAUCAAGAUUUUGGGCCACAACACAAAACAAACAGCAGAGGAAUUCAAAACCACGUUUGUGAAAUGUCAAGAAAAACUCCGACAGAUAAACACUUUGACUGCUAAAUCCUACACUCAGUUGGGAUGUAGAGGCAGCAUCCACCACACAGAGGCACUGGAUGUAGCCGGACAAGGUAUGGUAACGCCUUCGUCAUAUUUCCAGCAAGGUGAUAGAGGCAAUAUUUACCACACAAAAGCACUGGAUGUGGCUGGACAAGAUACUAUUUCAGCAACUUCAUACUCCCAACAAGGUGAUAGAGGCAACAUUUACCACACAAAAGCACUGGAUGUGGCUGGACAAGAUACUAUUUCAGCAACUUCAUACUCCCAGCAAGGUGAUAGAGGCAACAUUUACCACACAAAAGCACUGGAUGUGGCUGGAGAAGAUACUUUUUCAGCAACAUCAUACUCCCAACAAGGUGAUAGAGGCAACAUUUACCACACAAAGGCACUGGAUGUGGCAGGACAAGAUACUAUUUCAGCAACAUCAUACUCCCAACAAGGUGAUAGAGGCAACAUUUACCACACAAAGGCACUGGAUGUUGCAGGACAGGAUGCAAUGACCAUGAGUUCCUACACACCACUUGGAGGAAGACAGAAGCAAGAGAUACCACAUACAUUUGACACACAGGCAGCUUCAGACUUUCAACA